GUCGAUUAUUCGAUUGAUCCGAAGUCCCUAGUCGAAAUGCAACCCUCCCUUAAAAGCGUCUGUCAGAGCGGUCCGUUUAAUUUUCUUUUGCCUAAGUUUUCCGCCUAGAAUGAAGUGACUAAACGAGGAAAACUUGCUUAAAUCCGCGUUAAAUAUUCGCUGUGCAAGCUCGAUUCUGGGCCGCGAAACACACACACACGCACGCGAAAUUUACCGUUUGAAAGCGGAAAGCAAAUUGCAGAGUCUGCAUUUUUUACGUGCCCUGCGAUUUUCGCCCGAAUUGCAUCAAAAUAAAGCGCCGAGCGGACUACAAUAUGUCUGAGCUCGAUUGGGACGACCCAAACUAUGUGGAGGCGCCGGUCAAGGUGCAGGAGUACUCCAAGCUGAACGAUAAGUACGAGAGGAGCCUCAGGCGCGACGACCACUCCCGCGGAUAUGGUGGAAAUCGCGAUGAUUACGGCGCAGGACGACGGGAUAAUCGAGGAAGCCGUGAUGGUUACGGCGGAGGACGUCGUGACAAUCGAGAAUACGGCGGUGGAGGAGUUUUCAGCGAGACCCUGAGCAUCGCCUCCGAAAUGAUCGGAAAAGUGAUUGGCAGAGCCGGAGCCAAUAUAUCCCGGAUUCAGACUGAUUUCGAUGUCCGCGUCAAGGUGGACAAGAUCGAUUUAGUGGUCAAGAUAACGGGCAGUGUCCAGAGCAACGUCUCGGAUGCUAUCAACCACGUUCGCAAGCAGGUCGCCGGUGAUCCGGGUGAUAGACGAAGGGAUCAGGAUAGAAGGGGUUCCUAUGGUGGUGAUGGAGGCGGCGGUGGGGGCUACGGAGGAGGUGGUGGCGGAUAUGGCAGAUCGAAGGGAAGUAGCUACGAGUUCAAUCCGCCGGCUGCCAGGCCCACCACUGACGAAGGAGGAGAUCUCACCGGCAUCAUCGAUUGGGCAGCCAUAAAUAAGGCCUCGGAAGCAGCUACUAAAGCUCGUUGGGCCAAGUGUCCCCCGCUGACGAAGAACUUCUACAAGGAGGCGCCAGAGGUGGCCAAUCUCACCGAGGACCAGAUCGAGCGCAUUCGCGCCGAUAAUAACAACAUCUCGGUCUCGCAUGUUUUCGAGCCGAAGGAGGGAGAAACUGCGCCUCCCAUUCCAAACCCAGUUUGGACUUUCGAUCAAUGCUUUGCCGAAUAUCCGGAUCUCCUCGGCGAGAUCACCAAAAUGGGCUUCUCCAAGCCCUCGCCUAUCCAAUCGCAGGCGUGGCCCAUUCUGCUCCAAGGACACGAUAUGAUUGGGAUCGCCCAGACGGGCACGGGCAAAACACUGGCCUUCUUGCUGCCCGGAAUGAUUCACACGGAGUACCAGAGCGUGCCCAGAGGUCAGAGGGGCGGAGCCAAUGUCUUGAUUUUGGCGCCCACUCGAGAGUUGGCCCUGCAGAUCGAAAUGGAGGUCAAGAAGUACUCCUUCCGCGACAUGAAAGCCGUUUGUGUGUACGGUGGAGGCGACCGUCGCAUGCAGAUCUCCGACCUGGAGCGAGGUGCGGAGAUCAUCAUCUGCACUCCGGGUCGCCUCAAUGACCUGGUCCAGGCCAACGUUAUCGAUGUGAGCACCAUCACUUACCUGGUGCUCGACGAGGCCGAUCGCAUGCUGGACAUGGGCUUCGAGCCGCAGAUCCGCAAGGUAAUGCUGGACAUCCGCCCGGAUCGCCAGACGAUUAUGACCUCCGCCACUUGGCCACCGGGAGUGCGUCGUUUGGCGCAGAGCUACAUGAAGAACCCCAUACAGGUGUGUGUCGGCUCGCUCGACCUGGCGGCCACGCACUCGGUGAAGCAAGUGAUUGAGCUGCUGGAGGACGACAAGGAGAAGUUCAGCGCGAUCAAGUCGUUCGUGAAGAACAUGACCAAGACGGACAAGAUCAUAAUUUUCUGCGGACGCAAGGCUCGCGCCGAUGACCUGUCCAGUGACCUCACCCUAGAUGGUUUCAUGACGCAGUGCAUCCAUGGCAAUCGCGACCAGAGUGAUCGUGAGCAGGCCAUAGCUGAUAUCAAGUCGGGCGCCGUGCACAUCCUGGUGGCCACCGAUGUGGCAUCACGUGGCCUGGACAUCGAGGACAUAACCCAUGUCAUCAACUAUGACUUCCCGCGCAACAUCGAGGAGUAUGUGCACCGUGUCGGUCGUACAGGACGUGCUGGCCGCAAGGGUACCUCCAUUAGCUUUAUUACCCGCGAGGACUGGGGCAUGGCCAAGGAGCUGAUUGACAUCCUCCAGGAGGCGGAUCAGGAAGUGCCCGAAGAACUGCACAAAAUGGCCUCGCGUUUCAAGGCCAUGAAGGAGAGGCGCGCUGCUGAAGGCGGUGGAUUCGGAGGAGGUGGCCGCUUUGGUGGUGGCCGCAGUGGCGGACGCGGCGGUGGAGGCCGCAACUUCGAAGGAUUUAGCUUCUGAUUGAAUCUCUAGAUCGCAUUUUGUAGUAAUUAGAGACCACAGCGCAUUGAAGUGCCUUGAAAUUUUGUUUAACAAACCCUUAAGCGGAUGUUCUCUCCAAAGAUAGAAUAAACACGAAAAUAAAACCA